AAGAGCUAAACUUUGUCUCAAUCAAAAAUCAAAAGCUUCAUCUUCUGUCUCUAAUCACAACGCAAUUAUUAUCAUUCAAUUCAAAGUUGUAAACUUUUCUCUUUUCUCUUUCUUUUUAUGUCUCUUUUGAGAUUCAAAUUCAAUUUCAAAAAAUAAAAAUAAAAAUCUUAGCUUUAAGCUUCCAAAAGCUUCGUACUCCUCCGCCGACUAUGGCAUCGCCGCCGCCGAACAAGAUCGAGAAGGCCCACCUGAUGUACCGGGAAGGACGGUACCAAGAGGCGUUAGGGUUUUACACUGAAGCUCUAACCAUGGCCAAGACCAAACCCCAGAAGAUUGCCCUUCAUAGUAACAGAGCCGCUUGUUACUUGAAACUCCACCAUUUCAAUAAGGCAGCAGAGGAAUGCACCUCAGUUCUUGAGCUUGAUCAGAAUCAUACUGGAGCUCUGAUGCUGAGGGCUCAGACCCUGGUGACACUCAAAGAAUACAAUUCAGCACUUUUUGAUGUUAAUAGGCUCAUUGAGUUAAACCCAUCAUCUGAAGUUUAUCAAAACCUUGAAGCACGUUUAAGAACACAACUGGCACUUGCUCCAAUACCCGAGUUAGAAGAAGAAGAAGAGGAAGAAGAACAAGAAGAUGAAAAGGAAGAAGACGAGCUAAUUAUAGACGAGUUUAAGGGGGAGAAGUGUAGAGGGGAAGAAAUCUCAACGGUUACAUCCGCAGGAACAGUUCUGAAAACCGAGGUUAAAAGGAUCACAACUGAUGCUGAUGCUGAUGCUGAUGCUAAUGCUAAUGUUGUUACCUCCCAAAAUAUACACAGCAAGAAGGCUUCUUCACCCGAACAACAAGUAAAGAAUCAAAUAGUUAACUCAAUAAAGAAUAAACCUACAGCUGAAGUUGUAGUUGUUGCUCCUCAACCACAGCAGAAUAAAGGGUUAUCAGAAAAAGAUCCCAAAGGGUGGCAAUCAAUACCAAAACCAAAGGGACAUUCUACAUUGGACUAUGGAAGGUGGGAUAGAGUUGAAGAUGAUUCUAGUGAAGACGAAGAUGACGAUGAUGAAGAAGAAGACCAACCACAGUAUAGAUUUCGUUUAAAAACAGUCGGUGUGCGACAAGUGAAGUGAAAAAAGAUAGAAGAUUUUCAUAAUACAAAUUGUGCAUUCUUAUCUCUAUAUCUAUACUACUCAACACAGAAGAGUCAAGAUCAGGCGGUUUACGAAAAAGCUCAGAGAUUCUCUUUGACAUGAAGAUGAAUCUGGCCUCCAUGGAUAAGAUUCCCAUGUUGAAGCUGUGACUUUUUUUGGUACUUUGGAGUUCAAUGGCACUAUUCUACUGUCCAUAUAUUUUGUGUUUGGUGCAGAACUUUGCAAAUAUUUGGCCAAGAACAUCUCUAGUGAAAGUGGCUAUGAGUAUGAGGCUUGGUGAUAUCAUAAUUAUUUAUUAUUUUUUUCUCAUAUAUAUUUUUUGUAAGGAAUUAUAUCUAUCUGUAUAUAUUUUGUGUUUCCUUUUGUUUAA